AAAUAAUUUGAGCAUUGCCGGACACAGUAAUGGCGGUGUUUGUAGACGGUCAGCACAGAACAGAUUAUGGCAGGAUAGUUCUAACAACUGGAAACGUUCUACACUCGGCUCCCAGCGUCGUUAACACCCCAUCUCGUGCUGACGGCAUCAGUUAUGAGGACGAGCGCGAUAUCAAGAUUGUUGGCUGCGAGUUAAUACAGUCUAGCGGUUUACUCUUACAGCUGCCUCAGGUUGCCAUGGCAACUGCUCAAAUACUGUUCCACCGUUUCUACCUUGUCAAGUCCCUCGUCAUUCACAACUACGAGCACCAAGCAAUGGCAGCAAUAUUUCUUGCAGCUAAGAUAGAAGAGCAUCCCCGGCGCAUCAGAGAUGUAAUCAACUGCUUCCAUCACAUAAAGCAAGUCAAGGAAAAGAAAACUCCAUCACCCCUGGAUUUCACCGGUACAUUGUACGUCAAACAGAAGAAUGAUGUCAUUAAAGCUGAGCGGCGCCUUUUGAAAGAGCUCGGUUUCUGCGUCCACGUGAAAUACCCUCACAAAAUCAUCAUUAUAAUCCUGUCUCUGAUGUUGGAGCAAAGUCAGAACACGGAGCUCGUACAGCUGAGUUGGAACUUCAUGAACGAUAGCUUGCGGAGUGAUGUGUUUAUGAGGUAUACUCCUGAUCAGAUCGGCUGUGCCUCUAUCUGGCUGUCAGCUCGUAUCAAGAAGAUAUGUCUACCAGAGAACCCACCUUGGUACGAUUUACUGGACUGUAGCCGGGAGACUUGUGAGGAGAUCUCUAAAACAAUCCUCAACCUCUACUGCAUACCUCGGCCCAACUCUGAAAAACUUGAAAGGGCCAUCAAUGCUGCUAAAGAAGCCUAUGAAUUGAAGAAAUCAUUUAAUGAGAAAAGUAAAAGAGACUUGAAGGAAGUCAAGAAAUUGGAAUCAGCCAGUAACUUUUCGCCUUUAGACCCUAGUAGAAACAAAGACUCGCCUCAGAAAUCUAAGCUAUCUCCGGCUUCCGUGAUAAACAAUAAACUAAGUAAACUAGCCGAGAAUGGGGGUUCAGAAGGUCAUAAAAAUGGUAAUGUGCGGCGCUCAAAGCACCACUCCCCGAGAAGGCGGUAUAGUCCAGUCAGCCCACCCCGACGGAAACACGAUCGUUACAGAAAAAAACGCAGAUCAUCGUCAGAUUCAGAGAGCAGUUCGCUUGUCAGAAAAAGAAAACACCGGUCAAAGAGGCAUGCCUCUAGUUCCUCUGACGAUUCUAGUUCCUCUUCUGAUAGCGAGGCUGCCCGCGAAGAGGUCAGGAAAAGGAAGCACGAAGAAAAGAAGAAGCUCGCUGACCAGAGAAAACUUCAGGAGAAGAUAAAGCUGCUUGAAAAGGAGAAAGAGAGGAGUAAAAAAGAGAAACAUGAGAAAAUUUUAAGGGACUCUGGCAAGGAACACAGGCACAAAGUCAGAUAACGGUUUUUAAUGGUUUUGUAAAAACUAAUAAUGAACUGUUCAUCGGUUGAGCGAAGUUAUGCAAAUGAAUUGUGAGCUAAAAAUAAAUAAAAACAAUCAGUUUUAAUUUACGUUGGGUUUCAUAUUCGAAGCAAUCGACCUGUUUAUUUAAAUAGUACCUGGGUUCCUUUUUAUGUGAUGCCAAACAUUUUAUCCAUUAUGUUCUUUCCCCUCGAGACCCCAGUCCUCGAUUCUAAUCAGAUACCCGUGCAUACUAUAUUAACAUGUUGCCGUUUAGUAAUACCAUGGUCACCAUUUAGUGUUGAGACUUGCAAUCAGAUCUCUUAGAGUAAAUGUUCUGACUCUAAAAAUCGUUUACUUGACAAACGGCAAUUGCACGUCUUAACGAAAAGGUGGUAAACAUGGAUACACCACGUUUCCUAAAACUGGCAUAUAUUUUUAACGAGUUUGAAACAUAUUAUUGAAUACAAUUCUACGCACCUGUUGUGUAAUUUAAGAUUUCAUUCACUUUGAAUAA